AUGGGAGCAGCAUUAAGAUCAAUGUAUGCAAACAGCAAGUACGAAGAAGUCCGAGAAGAAUGGGAGGAAGAUUACAGCCCUCAGAGGUUCUCUUACAAAGCUCUCUACAAAGCCACAAAAGGGUUCAAAGAGAGCGAGUUGCUCGGAACUGAGGCAAACGGGACAGUCUACAGAGGAAAGCUCUCAUCCAAUGCACAGAUCGCUAUCAAGAAAGUUUCUUUGGAUGCAGAACAAGACACCAAGCACCUGGUUUCUCAGAUUGUUGGUAUUGGGAAGUUAAGGCACAAGAACCUCGUGCAGCUCUUAGGAUACUGCAGAAGAAAAGGCGAGUUACUCUUGGUCUACGACUACAUGCCUUACGGAAACCUAGACGAUUUCUUGUUUAACGAAGAGAAGCCUAAGCUUAGCUGGUCCCAAAGGUUUCACAUCAUCAAGGGAGUGGCUUCGGCUCUUCUCUACCUACACGAGCAGAUCGUUCUCCACAGAGACGUCAAAGCAGCAAACGUACUCUUAGACGAGGAUCUAAACGGGAGGCUAGACUUCGGUCUGGCUAUAUUCGGCACAAACAGGAACCCCAUGCUUGGAAGCGUAGGUUACAUAGCUCCAGAGCUUAUCAUCACAGGAAUGCCAACAACAAAAGCAGAUGUUUAUUCGUUUGGGGCAUUGCUACUUGAGUUUGCAUGUGGGAGAAUGUUCAUAGAGUAUCCAGGGAAGCCUGAGGAGUUCAAUCUGAUCAGCUGGGUGUGUCAAUGCUCGAAAAGAGGGAACUUGGUCGGUGCAAGGGAUGCAAGACUAGAAGGAGAUUACGUCAGCAAGGAGAUGGAGAUGGUGCUGAAGCUUGGUCUGCUAUGUGCUCAGUACAAUCCAGAGGACCGGCCUAGCAUGUCUCAGGUGGUGAGCUAUCUUGAAGGUAAUGAUGUUUUGCCUGAGAUGCCUCCAGACACUCCUGGGAUCAGUAUUCCCACACCGUACCAUGAAGUUCUGGCGUAG